CAGUCUGGGGUUCAGGGAGGUGGGCUCAGAAGGGACCUCCAAAGCCCGGCUAGCCCCAGCUGCUGCCCUCGGGCUGAGCUCCCCAAGGCUACUCAGGGGGUGCCGAAUGGCCGCCGGCCAGCGGGAUCCCCCUUGGUAGAGGCCAGCUGUGAGGACCAUAAAGCCGGGCGGCGCCUGGCAAGUGCGAAGGUCGCUGAGGCAGGAACUGCGCUGGCAGGGUCAGUUGGACGCCAGACCUGCAGCACGUCCCCGCCAGACGGCGCCCGCUGAGAUGGGGGCCUGGCCCCAGCUGUGGCCUCCGCUAGUGCUGGCCCUGCUGCUCACCGCCUUGCUGGGCCAAUCCCCGGGGGCUGAGGCCCAGGGCUGCUCUGUGAACCCAACCAUCGUGGAAAUUGAGGAGAACACCCACAGAUCGGAGGCCCUGGCCCACCUAGUGAUCCCAGAUGGCCAGCAGGUGGUCCUAGGGCCCUCAACCACCACUGGUGCGUUUAGGAUUGAGGGGACCGAACUGUUUCUCAACGUGACUCCUGAUUAUGAGGACACUCCAUGGCUGUUUGCUGAACUUCAGUGCAUGAGGGGGACCACUCUGGUGACCACGCUGAACGUGGACGUGGUAGUGCUGGAUCUGAACGACAAUGCCCCAGAGUUCCCCUUCAGCAGCCUCGAGAAGUCCGUGGAGGAGGACACUAAAGUGGACACCACAAUCAUCCCUGAGGAGGAGCUGGAGGCCCAGGACCUGGACCAGAAUGACAUCUUGUUCUACACGCUCCGGGAGCUGACCCAGGGUGCCAGCAGCUUCUUCUCCCUGGUGGGUGAAAACCGUCCAGCACUGAAGCUGACCCGCACCCUGGACUACGACAAGUUCUCGAGCAUGACCUUGGAGCUGCUGGCACGGGACACCUGGGAGGAGAACGAGCAGCCCAGCCAUACGGCCACGGCCACACUGAUCCUGACGGUGCUGCCCACUGAUCUGCGGCCACCCUGGUUCCUGCCCUGCAGCUAUUCGGAUGGCUACGUCUGCAUCCAGGCCCAGUACCAUGGGGCCGUGCCCACAGGACACACACUGUCGGAGCCUCUUGUCCUGCGUCCCGGGCCCAUCUAUGCGAAGGAUGGAGACACGGCCAUUGGGCAACGCAUCAUCUAUAGUUUGUUGAGUGGAAACCAGGAUGCCACAUUCACCAUUGAUGCAGCCUCAGGCAACCUCACCAUGGCCAAGAGCGUGCCGCACCCCAUGACCUUCCUCCUGGUGGUGAAGGGCGAGCAGGAGGACCUUGCCCGGUACUCUGUGACCCAGGUCACUGUGGAGGCCCGUGCAGCCACAGGCAGCCCGCCCUACUUUGCCCAGACGCUGUACCGUGGCAUCGUGGCACCUGGCUCCACAGCGGGCGUGGCCGUCCAGGAUGCCACUGCUCCGCCGGAGCCUCUGAGGCUCCAUGCCCAGGACGAUGACUUCCCGGACUUGAACUCAGCCAUCACGUACCGGGUCACCAACUGCUCUGAGUUCCGGAUGGACGGCGAGGCCCUGCUGACCGCCAGCAGCGAGCUGCCCCAGGACCACAUCUUCUACUGCGAGGUGGAGGCCAAAAACACGGUGACAGAAAGCACGGCCACCACCGUGGUCGAGAUCCACGUCUUGGUGCAGAAUCCACUGCCCACAGUCACCCCAGGGGCCUCGACAGACACCCCCAGCGUGGGCUCCAGCCUUGCCCCCUUGCCAUCCACCUCUGCGGACUUGACACAGACCCGGACAACACCUGGGCCAACAUCUGAAGGGAGCUUCAGGACCACCACUGAAACCGCCCCACAAGAACCUUCUGGCUACUCUGCAAGGGACAUGGCUGCGCUGGGCGGCACGUUGGGCGGCCUGCUGUUGCUGGCCCUCGUCGGCUUGGUCUUCCUGUCCCUCAAGCUCUAUGGCCACCAGCUCAAGUGCUGCGCCCGCAAAGUGCUGGAGCCUGUUCCCCGAGGCUUAGACAACCAGGCCUUCCAGUCGGACCCCUAUGACGACGACAACGCCAGCGUGUCCUCCACCCCCAACGCCGAGCCUGCGCCCCCGUCCCCGCCUGUAGCAGACCCCGACCCCGCGCCGCCCAGCCCUGCGCCCUCCGACAGCGCCCCCGGGUCACCAGCGGCCCCUGUGCGCACGCAGGGCAGCCCCGAGGCAGUGAGGUCGAUCUUGACCAAGGAGCGGCGGCCCGAGAGCGGCUACAAGGCCGUGUGGUUCGGGGAGGACAUCGGUGCUGAGGCCGACGUCGUGGUGCUCAACACACCCGGCAUGGAUGGCGCAGACGCGGAAGCUGACGACGACGACGACCCCGAAAACACCUACGUAUAGCCUGCUGCUGCACGCUGCCCCUGUUCCUUGUUCGGGCGCACAAUAAAGCCAC